AUGGGUAGGCGCAAGCUUUGCAAGGGGAAUGCAUUGGACUUGACAUCUCCAGCCGGCUUUGGGCUUCUCCUAUCCACGAUAUUGAGGUCCAAGCCUUCAGCAGUCUUCACAUUCGGCCUUGUCUGUUCGAGUUUUGUGGCGGUCUCCCGUGGCACCACUCACCGCUCCUUCUUUCUCCCUUUGGGAGACCCCACUUCAAAGUCGGUACAGCUAGGCAAUAUACUCUGCAGCAGGAUGGUUCUGGCUAUGAUACUCAUGAUAUCUCGUGGCAUGGUGUUUGUCUUAGAACAGCCAUCAAGUUCCCUUGCCUAUCGCCAUCCCAGAUUCCAGCAACUUUUGAAAAUGACAAAUGUUUGGCGGCAAGCCUUCUGGAUGCGUGGCUGGGGUAGUAAUACUCCUAAGAGGACGAUUCUGUGGAGCAACUCCCGUGGGGUGAGGAAGUUUGCAACCCACAAAAAGUAUGCCAAGGGGAAAAAGAAGAACCAGUUGGCUACAGUCUACAUUGAUUCCAAUGGAAAGAAGAGGUAUCAGGGCAAUUCUCGGCUGAAGGGAUCACAGGUUUAUCCUGUGGGCUUUGGUAUUCGCUUCACUCGAACAAUGCCGCUGCUUCAGAAAGAGAAGUCCAAGCCCAACACCAUUGCAGAGGACAAGGUGCCCACCAUCGACGAGAUCAAGCCAAAUGAUGUCUUGCCAUGCCUCGACUCGAUGGACGACUUGUGGAGGGAUGCACGGAUGUCUGAU